AUGGCCUCUACCGAUGCCGCCACGCCUUGGCACGCCGCCUACCCUCCUCCGCUCAACAAGACCCCCGCUGCCAUGACACGCCAGGCGGUCUUAGAGAUGAUGAAGGACAGCAAGAACAUCGCCGGCAAGGAUUACGUUCUCAUUGAUCUCCGCCGUGCAGAUCGCGAGGGCGGUACCAUUCGCGGAUCCAUCAAUCUGCCGGCACAGAGCCUCUACCCGAUGAUAGAAACCCUAUACACCAUGUUCAAAUCGGCAGGGGUUCAAAAGAUCAUCUGGUAUUGCUCAUCCUCUCGCGGCCGGGGCACGCGCGCCGCUGGGUGGUUCCAGGAUCGUAUCGACAAGCAAGGAGAUAGCCAUAUGGAGAGCGCGAUUCUGUUUGAAGGCAUUACCGGUUGGGCCAAAGCCGGUGGCGAGUUCGUUGAGUGGAUGGAUGAGUACGACUCGACUGUCUGGAAUAGCAAAUAG